AUGUUACAAGAUGGCUUGAAAACUGCUUUAGCAGACCUGGUUCCUGCCGAAUUUGAACUGCCAAGCGGCGAAAAGAUUAAAAUAACCAUAGACGAGGCCGCCUUCGGUAAACCAUGUGUCCCGAUGGAUGUUGUUGGUGUUAAGAACCAAACAAUACUCCCAACAGAAUGUAGACAGAGGGCAGCAACUUAUAAAGGGGAAUUUAAAAUAAGAAUGACGUUUACUGUCAAUCACAAAGCAAUUACUAUUGAUAGGUCUUUGGGUAAUUUGCCUAUUAUGUUAAAGUCAAAAAAAUGCCACCUAGCCGAUCUUUCACCAGAAGAAUUGGUGCAACACAAUGAACAUGCGGAUGAGUGGGGUGGAUAUUUUAUUAUUAAGGGUCAUGAACGGCUCGCACGUAUGUUAUUGAUCACAAGGCGGAACUACCCUGUAGCCAUUAAACGUUCAGGAUGGAAGAUGAGGGGCAAUUUGUUCUCAGACUACGGAAUACUAGUGAGAUGUGUUACAUCCGAUCAAACAAGCACUAACAAUGUCCUCCACUUCCUCCAAAACGGAACCUGCAAACUGAUGUUCUCCCACCGCAAGAUGAUGUACUAUGCUCCUGUGUUGCUUAUAAUGAAGUGCCUUGUGGACUGGCCAGACCAUUACAUAUACAGAUUGUUGCUGCAUGGAAAGAAGAAUGACUUGUAUUAUGUCAACUGCAUCCAGAACAUGCUGCGCGAGCUGCACGAGGAGGGGCUGCACACGUCGGAGGAGUGCCGCUCGUACCUCGGCCGCAUGUUCAGGCCGAAGCUGACCGAGCUGGCCCCGUGGGCCACCGAGUCGGACGCGGCCGACUUCCUCCUCAGGAGGUGCGUCAUGAUCCACCUGGACGGCUACCGGGACAAGUUCCACUCGCUGGUGUACAUGGCGCAGAAGCUCUUCGACGUGGUGCAGAACAGGUGCAAGGUAGAGGGCGCUGAUGCUGUGAUGGUGCAGGAGUUGCAGGUGGGGGGCCACCUGUAUCUCCAGAUACUGAAGGAGAGACUGCAGACCCUGCUUUAUGUUGUGAAGGCGAACAUCCUGAAAAAGGCAAAAACCGCCAAGAAGUUUGACAUGAGCACGAGGGAGCUGCAGAACAUACUCCGGAUGAGUGGCACGUUGGAGCAAAAGAUGGAGACUUUCCUGGCAACGGGAAACGCCCCAUCGAACAACGUCAACCUCGCCCAGUACAAGGGCUUGACGAUAGUGGCCGAAAACAUCAACAGGAUGCGUUACAUGUCCCACUUUAAGGCGAUCCAUCGGGGCUCGUUCUUCAUGGAGAUGAGGACUACCGAGGCUCGUCAGCUCCUACCGGACGCGUGGGGCUUCGUGUGUCCGGUGCACACGCCGGACGGGGCGCCUUGCGGCCUCCUCAACCAUCUGACGGUCACCGCUCAGGUAACCCAACAUCCGGAGCCCAGGUUGCUCGCGUCGCUGCCACGCGUUCUGGAGAAAUGCGGAGUGGAGCCAAUCGUCUCCGUGAGUGGCACGCCUUUAUCCCACGACGAGUACAAAUACCCCGUGUUCGUGGACGGCCGCCUGAUGGGCUACCUGGCCGAGGACAACCUGGAGAAGUCCACCGCCUACCUUCGCACCCUGAAGAUCAGGGGCGAGGAGAUGCCGAUCAGCACCGAGAUCGUGGUGAUACCAAAGAAGCAGAUCUGUGCCCAGUACGCGGGCGUGUUCCUGUUCACGAGCGAGGCGCGGAUGAUGCGGCCGGUCAUCAACCUCUCCAAUGGCCAGCUGGAGCUGAUCGGCACGAUGGAGCAGCUGUACCUGGACAUCGCGGUCACCCAGGCCGAGAUAUACAAAGGCAGAACCACUCACUUGGAGCUCUCGAAGUCCGCCUUCAUGAGCAACCUGGCCCAGUUGGUGCCGAUGCCGGAUUGCAACCAGUCGCCCAGGAACAUGUACCAAUGCCAGAUGGGCAAACAAACGAUGGGCACGCCGAUCCACACGUGGUGCACCAACGCGGAGACCAAGUUAUACCGGCUGCAGACGCCAGCCACGCCCCUCUUUCGGCCGACGCAUUACGACAACGUCGGCCUCGACGAUUACCCCUGCGGCACGAAUGCCAUCGUGGCGGUCAUCUCCUAUACGGGCUACGACAUGGAGGACGCGAUGAUAAUAAACAAGUCCGCCUACGAGCGCGGUUUCGCGGCCGGCACGGUCUACAAGUCGGAGUUCGUGGAGCUUCGCAGCGCCGGCAGCUACUUCUGGCGGGACCCUACUAAGGCGGACCUCGCCGCCUACUUGGACCCCGACGGUCUGCCGCCGGUGGGGGCCCGUGUUCGACCCGACGACCCCUUCUACAGCUACUGGGACGCCGAGAAGAGCCAGUUCUCGAUGUCCCGAUACCACGGCAAAGAGGAGGUGUUCGUGGACAGCGUCCGCCUCUGCGGGGAUUUCUCUCCACGCAGUCCCAGGAAGGCGUGCAUCGUGCUCAGGAUACAGCGCAACCCGACGGUGGGCGACAAGUUCGCGUCGCGCGCCGGCCAGAAGGGCAUCUGCUCGCAGAAGUGGACCGCCGAGGACCUGCCCUUCACCGAGUCCGGCCUCAUCCCGGACGUGCUGUUCAACCCGCACGGCUUCCCCUCGCGGAUGACCAUCGCCAUGAUGGUCGAGUGCAUGGCGGGGAAGGCGGCCAGCCUGCACGGCCACGUGCACGACGCGACCCCGUUCCGGUUCAGCGAGGGCGACACGGCCAUCAACUACUUCGGGCGCACCCUGGAGGCGGCCGGCUACAACUACUACGGCACGGAGCGGCUCUACAGCGGCGUGGACGGCCGCGAGAUGGAGGCGGACAUCUUCUUCGGCGUCAUACACUACCAGCGGCUGAGGCACAUGGUGUCCGACAAGUGGCAGGUGCGAACCACGGGCGCGGUGGACGCGCUGACGCGGCAGCCGGUGAAGGGCCGCCGGAGGGGGGGCGGCGUGAGGCUGGGCGAGAUGGAGAGGGACGCCCUCAUCUCGCACGGGGCCGCCUUCCUGCUGCAGGACAGGCUGUUCCACUGCUCCGACAAGACCGAGGCAAUAAUCUGCACCAAAUGCGGCACCCUGCUCGGCCCGAUGGCCACCAAGUUCGACGGCAGCAAGGAGGGCUGCCGCCUCUGCGGCCAAGGGAAUCUCGCCCCUAUCUCCAUUCCGUACAUCUUCAAGUUCUUCGUCACACAACUCGCCGCCGUCAACAUCAACGUCCGGAUAAGCUGCAACGGCAGCUUCGCCAUCAAGGGCUGU